AUGUAUGGUGGUGAAUUAAGUUUAGAAGAAUGGAAUACUAGAUUAGAUACUUUAAAGCAUGAAAUUGAGAAUGUAUGUACUGAAGAUGAAAUGCGUGCCUUUUUGGUUGCUAGUGAAGAGCAAUCUAAAGAAGAGCAACUAGAUGAAAUGCAAAAUAAAGAUGUAGAAAUGGAAGAAGCUGUUGAGGAUAAAGAGAAACAAACUGAAGAACAAAGGGCUGAUGUCGAAGAAAUAACACCAGUAACAAAUAUAACUACUGAAAUACAGUCUGUAAAUAUGGCUCCAAAAAAGACAGUUGUAUCUGCAGAAAAAUUACAACAGCUCGUAAUGAUGCGUGCUUUCCACGCUGAUGCUGUUCAAUUUAUUGAGCUCAUUCAUAAGGCUAUACCAAUUAUUACUCAACUCUUAUCAUCAAAAUCAAAAGCUGAAGUGCUGGAGUCAAUGGAUUUCUUAGUUGUUGCUUAUAACUAUAAAGUUAAAAUUGCAAAUGAUGGUAUUAAGAAAAUGCUACAUUUAAUUUGGACUAAAGACACUAGUGAUGAGGGAAAGGGUAUUAAAAUGAAGCUCAUUUCUUGUUACGAGAAUUUAUAUUUAGAAAUGGAUUCCAAACUUUCAAAGAAAGAAAACGUCAAUCGUGUUGCUAAAAAUUUAAUUCAAUUAACUUAUAAUACUAACUUGGCAGAAUUAACCUCGUUAGAGCAAUUAAUGAGUACAUUGAUGGCGGAAAAUAAGAUAACAAGGGAUGUAAUUCAAAAACUUUGGUCGGUUUAUGGUUUUACGCAAGGUCGAAUUCAAAAAUCCCAACGUCGUGGCGCGAUUAUUAUUCUAAGCAUGCUUGCUAAAGCCAAAACUGAAGUAGUCUCUGACAAGAUAGAUGUGAUGCUUAAGAUAGGGUUGGGACCCCUCGGCAAAGCUGAUAUGGAUCUUGCACGAUAUACAUGUAUUGCACUUCAACGUUUAGAGGGCGCUAAGCCUAAAGAAAAGACACGCGGUGUUCAAGAAGGUAUUCGAUUUCCUUUAAAUUAUCCAAUUUUCACAAGAUUAAAGGAUAUCAUUGAGACACCUACAAACAAUCAGCUUUGGUUUAGUUUUGCUGAACAAGCGAUCAACACUAUCUUUUUACUUUGCAAAAACCCUGAGACUCUCUGUGAGGAAAUUAUUCGUAAUAAAACAAACAAAGUAUUCGGUGAUAAAGAAAUUUCAGUAAGUCCUACGCCUUCUACUGAAGCAAGUACUCAAAAUGAUACUUCAACCAUUAUGGAAUUCGAUUUGAGUAUGACACAACAAGCACUACCAUUUCCUCAACAUCCUAUUUAUCAAGAUCCUUUAGAGCUUUCACAACUAUUUUUCCUUGUUGGUCAUGUUGCUCUUAAAGAAAUUGUUCACUUGGAGAUUGUUGAGGCUGCUUGGAAACGCAAAAAGUCAAUGAAAGAAAGUAAGAAACAAGAUGGGGAGCAAAACACGUCUGUUGAUGAUGAGUUAGACCAAGUAGGUGGAACUGCCGAAGAUGAUAUUGGUGAAGCCAUAACAAAGAUUCGUGAAAGAGAAAUUCUUUUUGGCCCUCAUUCAUUACUUGGUAUCUAUGGCCCAUUAAUUACGGAAGUGUGUGCUCGUAAUAAGAUCUAUACGGAUCGCACUUUGCAAUUGAAUGCAACACUUGCGUUAUCCAAAUUUAUGUGCUCUAAAGAUCCUAAUAUUCGUAGUAAUAUUGUGAUUGCUUUAGGGGAUAUGGCUGUAUGUUUUAGUACACUUAUUGAUGAUAAUAUUACAUUCCUAUAUAAUCGACUUUCAGAUCCGAACACACUUGUUCGUAAAAAUGCUGUUAUGGUAUUGACGCAUCUUAUUCUGAAUGGUAUGGUCAAAGUAAAAGGACAACUUAGUGAAAUGGCUAAAUGUCUCGAGGAUAAAGAUCAACGUAUUGCUGAUCUGGCAAAGCUAUUCUUUACAGAAUUGGCCUCUAAGGAUAAUGCGAUUUAUAACAAUUUACCAGACAUCAUUAGUAGUCUAACUAAUAAUCAGCCUAAUCGUUUAGAAGAAGACUCGUUUAGAAAAAUUAUGAAGUUUAUCUUUAGUUUUGAUUUUACUGAAAAGGAAAAACAAGCAGAAAACAUUGUUGAUAAGUUAUGUCAACGUUUCCUUACUGCUGAAGAUGAACGUAGUUGGCGUGAUAUAGCUUACUGUCUGUCAUUAUUACCUUUCAAAUCUGAAAAGACAUUUAAAAAACUAUUAGAAGGAUGGCCUACUUACCAAGACAAGAUUCAUGAAGAUGCUGUACACAAAAGCUUUUUAGAAAUUAUCCAAAAGGGCCGCUUCCAUAAAAAUCAAAAGCCGGAACUUAAAGCAAUUGUAGAUGAGUUUGAACAAAAGAUUGAGAAGCAAAGAGGACCAGAUGCAGAUAAAAAUGAAGCUGUAGUGAAGAAAGGAAAAGUAUCAAAACCAAAGGAAAAGAAAAAGAAAGAAGAGAGUAAAACUACUUCUGCAUCUAAAAAGCAAGUACGCAAGCGAAAAAGAUAUAUCGAAGAAGAUAGUGAAGAAGAGGAAGAGGAAAUGGAUUUUGAUGAAGAAGACGAAGAUGAUGAAGAUGAUGAAGAAGACGAAGACGAAGACGAAGAUGAAGAAGAAGAAGAAGACGAAGAAGAAUAUCAAGAAGAAGUUGCUGAAGAGGAGAAUCAAAUAGAAGACAAAGGAGAAAAGAAAAUAGUAGAAGAAGAAGAUGAAUAA